AUGAUGAAUUCUGCUCCUAUGCCCACCCUAAUGGCACAUUCCUCACAUUUGACCAAUGAUGGAGAUCUUCUUGGUUAUGAAGAUGCUUCUUCUUAUCGAAGACUGUCUGAGGCCAGAAAUGUAGCACAAAGUAUUUCUUCAUCUUCAAUGCAUGAGGCACUUAUGGAAGAUGACGAGCAGAAGAAGGAAGCGUGA